AUGGAAGCCAUGAAUGGUUUGCUUUCUUUUCCCAAUUAUGAGAAUCUAAACCAAGAUUCUGCCCGUGUGCAGCAGGAACAAGGAGGAGAAUGGGGAGAAAUUUUACUAGAGGAGAUGAAUCUUUGGCCACAUUUUGAUAACACCCCUCCGUUGGACACCUCUGAGGUGGAGGAAAUCGUUGACAGUUUCUUUAACGUGGAAUGCUAUGAAAGAGAUAACGCCAACAAGUCUCCAAACGACGAAAAUGGAGAAUUUAAUCAGUAUAAAGAAAAGGGACUGGACACACAACUUGCCAAUAGGAUGCUAAGCCAAAUUUGGUCUCGUGUGAGCCCUUGGGGCGAUUCAUUGCAGAGAGUUGCGUAUUGUUUUGCAGUUGGAUUGAAGAAUAGAUUAUGUCUUCUUCAAAAUGUGAAUGCUGGUUCAUUCUCUAAUGGUGCCAUUGAUGUCUCCUUGGUCACAAGGGAGGAAAAUAAUGAAGCCUUUGAUUUAUUACACCAAACGACCCCAACUUUGGCAUCACGAAUCGAAGGGCCCCCAAAACUAUUCCGGAUCACCGGCAUAAUUGGAGAUCAAGAUCCACAAGAGUUUGACACUAGCAUGAAGGGCCUUGUUGAAGAAGCUUGUUCUUUGGGCAUUCAGUUGGAAUUCAACAUGAUAGCAGAGCCAGUAACGACUAUCCCGCGAACUAGCCCGGAGAGGAUAAAGAUCGAAAAUUUUCAUCUUGCAGAGCAAAUUCGCAAUGUUAUAGCAUUUGAAGGUUCUAACAGGAUUGAGAGACACGAAAGGGCAGAUCAAUGGCGUAGGCAGCUAGCUCGUGCCGGUUUUCAAGUAGUAGGAAUGAAGUGCAUGAGCCAAGCUAGGACGAUGAUUUCAGCCUAUGGCAGCGAUGGUUACACUAUAAGCAGUGAAAAGGGUUGCCUUCUGCUUGGAUGGAAAGGAAGGCCAAUAAUGUUAGCAUCAGCCUGGCAAGUGCACCAUGCUAAUUCCUCCUAG